UGGAACUCCGGGAGCUGCGGCAGUGGAAAUCCAGGCCCGGGCCGCCCGGCCUCUCUCUCACUUCUGUUCUGCACUGCAAUCCAUGGAGGUGCUUCUUGCAAUCCAGCUAGCGUAGGAAAAGACUCAUUUACCGCUGCCGAGAUGAAGUACAAGAAUCUUAUGGCAAGAGCUUUAUAUGACAAUGUCCCUGAGUGUGCAGAGGAAUUGGCCUUCCGCAAGGGAGACAUCCUAACCGUCAUUGAACAGAACACUGGUGGACUGGAGGGAUGGUGGCUCUGUUCCUUACACGGUCGCCAAGGCAUUGUCCCAGGCAACCGGGUGAAGCUUCUGAUAGGCCCUGUGCAGGAACCCUCCGUUCAGGACCAGCCUUCAUCUGGACUGUUGCACCAAAAUUUUGGCCAACAGAAACUCUAUCAAGUGCCAAACCCACAGGGUGCCCAAGACAGCAUCUACCAAGUGCCACCUUCUUACCAGAAUCAGGGAAUUUAUCAAGUACCUGUUGGCCACAGUGCCCAAGAACAAGAUGUUUAUCAAGUGCCACCAUCAGUGCAUAGAGGCACUGGGGGAGCUAACAGCUCCCACUUAAGCAAAAAGGUGAUAACCCCAGUGAGGACAAAUCUUGGCUAUGUCUACGAGUACCCGUCCAGAUACCAAAAGGACACCUACGAUAUCCCUCCUUCCCAUGCCACUCAAGGGGUAUAUGACAUUCCUCCUUCAUCAGUGAAAGGCGCUAUGUUUUCAGUUCCAGUGGGAGAGAUAAAACCUCAAGGGGUAUAUGACACACUUCCUGCUAAAGGGGUCUAUGGCAUUCCCUCCUCUGAAGCAGGACUUCGGGAAAAAGAGUAUGAUUUUCCCCCUCCAAUAAGGCAAGCUGGAGGGCUGAAAGUCAGACAUGAGGGUGUUUAUGAUGUCCCCCCAACUAGCACCAAGUCAGGGGGGAAGGACCUUCAUCUAAAAUACCACUGUGAUACUGCAGGAGUUGCUGAAGAGGCAGUGCAGAAACACCAAAGUGCAUCCCCAAGCCAUCAACCUCCACGGUUGGGACACUCAGGUCCUCAGAACGAUGCUUAUGAUGUCCCACGUGGGGUUCAAUUUCUUGAACCACCAACAGAAAUCUGUGAAAAGGCAAGUUCUGAUGAAAGAUAUGGAGUCUAUGAUGUUCCUCUACACAGUUCAUCUGAUGCCCAAGUCUCUCAGGAUGUAGUAGAUGGGAUCAAUAGGUUGUCUUUCUCAAGUACAGGUAGCACCAGGAGUAAUAUGUCCACAUCUUCCACCACCUCAAAGGAAUCUUCAUUGUCAGCCUCUCCAUCUCAGGACAAAAGACUCUUACUGGAUCCAGACACAGCCAUUGAGAAUCUUCAUCGGCUCCAACAGACCCUAGAGAUGGGGGUCUCGAACCUAAUGGCAUUGGUCACCACAGACUGGCGAUGCUAUGCAUACAUGGAACGGAACAUCAAUGAGAUACGCACCUCAAUAGACAAGGUGGAACUGUCCCUACGAGACUACCUUCAUUUUGCUAAGGGAUCUGUAGCCAAUGCUUCCUGCCUCCCAGAACUUAUCCUCCACAAUAAAAUGAAAAGGGAGCUCCAAAGAGUAGAAGACUCCUACCAGAUCCUGAGCCAAACUAGCCAUAAUUUAAAUGAAUGCAACUGGUCCCUGAAUAUCCUGGUCAUCAGCAAGCCCCAAAACAAGUGUGAUGAUCUGGAUCGGCUUGUGAUGGUGGCCAAGACUGUUCCUGAUGAUGCCAAACAGCUCACCACGACCAUCAAUACCAAUGCAGAGUCUCUCUUCAGACAAGGCCCUGGCAGCUCACCUAUGAGGAAUGGACCUGAGGGCAUCCUGAACUCUGUUGAAUACCACCCUAGUCCCCAACUGCUGCAUCCUGGGGAACACAAGAGCCAGGCAGUCAAUAAGCCAUUGAUCUCAAGCCUAAAAAAGGACCAAGCCCCAGAGUGUAGCAGCAGUGAUGGCUCUGAAAGAAGCUGGAUGGAUGAUUAUGACUAUGUCCACCUACAGGGAAAAGAAGAGUUUGAGAGGCAACAGAAAGAGCUAUUGGAAAAAGAAAAUAUCAUCAAACAGAACAAGAUGCAAUUGGAACAUCAUCAGCUCAGUCAGUUCCAGUUGCUGGAACAAGAAAUCACAAAACCUGUGGAGAAUGACAUGUCCAAGUGGAAGCCUUCUCAAAGUCUGACAACCACCACCAACAAUGUGAGUGCACAAGACAGGCAGUUACUCUGCUUCUACUACGAUCAGUGUGAGACCCAUUACAUUUCUCUGCUCAACGCCAUUGAUGCUCUCUUCAGUUGUGUCAGCUCAGCCCAGCCCCCCCGGAUCUUCGUGGCCCACAGCAAAUUCGUCAUCCUAAGUGCACACAAACUGGUGUUCAUUGGAGACACUCUGAUAAGGCAGGUUGCUUCACAAGACAUUCGUAAUAAAGUCAUGAACUCCAGCAACCAGCUCUGUGAACAGCUCAAAACUAUAGUCAUAGCGACCAAGACUGCUGCCCUGCAUUAUCCCAGUACCACCGCCUUACAAGAAAUGGUGCACCAAGUAACGGACCUUUCCAGAAGUACUCAGUUAUUCAAACGUUCUUUGCUGGAGAUGGCAACUUUCUAAGAUUGCCUAUAGGGUUACUAAGGAA